AGAUAUCACUUAUUCAACGUGGAUGAUGUACAAUGUUCCUGGAAUGGUUCUGUGUGUACUGAUUUGUUGGUUUUAUCUAUGGCUGGUGCACAUUCGAUGCUCAAAAGUUAAGCACAAAUUGGAAUCGAAAGAAGAGAUUAAAACCAUUAUUUCGAAGCGAUACGCCAAGCUGGGCCCGAUGACAUGCCAUCAAAUAGAGGUCUUGACUCUUUUUCUUAUCUUGGUUAUCUUAUGGAUACUUCGAGACCCGAAGUUCAUUCCAGGAUGGUCCAAAGCCAUAGGAUCAGACACAAAAAUUGGGGAUUCUGUUCCAGCAAUUGCAAUAGCCUUUCUCAUGUUCUUCCUGCCAACGAAUCCCAAAGUCUGGACCAGCCGUCGAAUUCUAGCAUGGAAGACAGCUCAAAGAAAAGUGCCGUGGGGGAUCAUGUUGCUCAUUGGUGGUGGUUUUGCCUUGGCAGAUGGAGCUCAGAAAUCUGGGCUUGCAGAACUAUUGGGAAAUAAGCUAUCGUCUUUAUCUGUAAUGUCUCCCGGAGUUAUAGCAGCUGUUAUGUGCUUGAUGACGGCUGCGUUGACAGAAAUCCUUGCCAACAGCACUGUGGCAAUAAUUCUUCUUCCCAUUUUGAACCAAAUGGCUUUGUCUAUUAGGGUAAAUCCUCUGUUACUAAUGCUUCCGGCGACUGUAGCUUGCUCUUAUGCCUUUAUGUUACCUGUAGGUACACCUGCAAAUGCCAUUGCAUUUGAAAGCGGCAACAUGAAACCUCUGGACAUGGUAAAACCCGGACUUGUUAUAAACCUUGUUUCUUGUGCUGUACAACUCUUCAUGCUGAAUACACUCGGAAUGGAGAUGUUUAAUCUGAAUCAGUUUCCCGGCUGGGCAAAUGUAAACGGCAGCUCUACUAAUUUCUCGAAUGCAAACCAGGAUUGACUGUAGGUGUAGCUUCGCUGCAUAGCCUUUAACUACCUUGAACGUGACUACUUGAAAAUGUAAUUGUGUAAAUACUGUUAGAACA